AUGGAACUAUUCAAAAUGGGAGGAAAAAGCCCUGAUACGAAUUACCUAUUUAUGGGUGAUUACGUUGAUCGUGGUUACUACUCAGUUGAAACUGUUAGCUUAUUGGUGUGUCUGAAGAUCAGAUACAAAGAAAGGGUCACUAUUCUUCGUGGCAAUCAUGAGUCUCGACAAAUUACUCAGGUUUACGGGUUCUAUGACGAGUGCCUACGCAAGUAUGGUAAUUCGAAUGUAUGGAAAUACUUUACCGAUCUUUUUGAUUGUUUCCCCCUCACCGCACUCGUGGACGGUCAAAUAUUUUGCCUCCAUGGUGGAUUAUCUCCAUCGAUUGACACUUUGGAUCACAUAAGAGCUCUCGAUCGUAUACAAGAA